AUGCAUUUACACCUUCCGUUCUAUCAAGUUGCAGCAGCAACCCAGCUUGUCCCUUCAUCGACCCCGACCUCAAAGCACAAUCUGAAAGUACAUCCUCCUCCUUCUUACGACACGGUUCAGCAGCAGCAAGACCAACAGUUCCAAAACUUCGACUCGAAAGAGUGGGAAAGCGUGCCCAAGAACCUCAGCAUCAUCUACACCCCCGUUCCCAUUGGAGCAGGUGACAAUGUCAGCAGAAGAGGAAUCAACUGGGAAGCCAGAUUCCGAGUAAAAGCCAAAGAUCUCCCCCGCCUCAUGAGAGAGGGCUUCCACUGGACUGUCGCCAACAUUCAUCGAGAAGCCGGUUAUUUCGAAUACGAAGCCAAAGAACCUAUCAUGAAAGAAGCCGGCUGGACCUGCACACGCAACUAUUACCUCUCCGACCUAAUCUGCGCUCGGGACUUACAGACUCUUUCGCGGUUUGACAUGGCCAAACUUCGGCCUGAACAAGCGUACGCUGCCCUCGCGUGGACCAACGUCCAACCAGGCCAGCACAUCUACAACUUUGAACGUCUGGCUCCCAGUAGGAACUUCAAUGCAAUUUAUGACGACAUGCCGAUGGAAGGAUGGUGGCCAUGGCCAAAGAGACAACCCGAGGCUGACGGCAAGCCCGAUUCAGCUAUCAAGAGCUCAUAG